UUAAUUUUAAAUAAGUGUUUAAAAUUGUUCCGAGAGAGAACAAAAAAGAGAAGGGCAAAGGCUCGUGAGCCAAAACCAUAAAACUCUCAUUCGCUGCCUCCAUUCUCAUCACUGUCUGUCAAAGCAUGGUGCGCUUACAACCCGAUCCCUUCCUCAAUGAACUCACUAACAUGUUUGAGCGGACUACUGAGAAGGGCUCUGUUUGGGUUACACUCAAGCACUCUUCAGACAAGUCUAAGGUGCAGAGGAAUAAAAUGAAAACAUGUGGGGAAAAGAUUGAGUACAGAUGCCUCGUUCGAGCAACUGAUGGCAAGAAGACCAUAUCCACUCUGGUUGGUCCAAAAGAUCACCAGCGCUUUCAAGCUAGCUAUGCAACUAUCUUGAAAGCCCGGAUGACUGCAUUAAGGAAGAGGGAGAGGAAGGACAAGAGAAAGGCUGCAGAUUCUGAUAAGAAAGAGGACUCAAAAAUUCGUUCUACAGCUUCUAAGACUACAAAUUGAACUAGAUUCGCUUGUGUAGUUCUUAUCGUUUUGUUUCUUUCAAUUAGCCGUAUGGUUGUCUAUCUUUAUAUUUUGCCGUUGAUUCUACAAUUGUUUUAUAACUAUAAGUUGGCCAAAAGAUUUUGUUGACAUUAGAUAUUGAAAGUUUGGUCGAAAGAUACACAGAUACACUCUAUUCUGUUCUUCCGAAUAUUUUGACGAAAUUUUGUAUUUUGUACUCGUA